AUGAAAGAAGGAAAGAAGUCAACAAUUCAAAAAGCGCAUUCUAUAUGCAAUAAAUAUAUUGCUGAACAAUCACCAAAAGAGGUUGAUUUAGACAGUGAUACAUGUGCAGCAACAAAAGCAGCUCUGGAAAAUGGUGCUAAACCAAAUAUGUUUUCGUUAGCGCAAACCAGAAUUGAGCAGUUAAUGGAAAAAGAUAGUUAUAGGCGAUUUUUGAAAUCAAAAUUGUUCCUAGAUCUAUUAACAAAUAAUUCAAGUGUUUGA